AUGGCUCACAAUGUAGUAGAUUCGGCAUUGAAUAAGUUCAUCGCCGCGACUGACCGUAUAAGUCACUUUGCGGCGCGACUUAACAAGCCUUCUACUGACAGCCCGUCCCUGUACACGUGCCAGGUCCGGAGGGACCAGAUGCGUGCCUUGUGGGACAAGGUCGAGAAGGAGUACGAGGCUUGCUCCUGCUUCAUGUCGGAUGAAAUGACGACAGACGAGUUGCCUACCAUUCAGGCAAAAUAUGAUUACUGCUAUAUUCUCUAUGAGCAGUGGUCCGCUCAGUUAAGUGAGCAAAUAGCUGAUGCCUCCCAGGCACUCACUCCCCGUACACCCGUACAAACGCAAGCCGUGCCGUUCAUGUCCACAGGGUGUCGCCUACCUCCGUGCGACACCGAAGUUUUCGGAGGCGAUUACACUCGCUGGCCCACCUUCCGAGACUUAUUCACGGCUAUUUACAUCCGAAAUCCAAGACUGUCGGAAGUUGAGAAACUUUUCCAUCUCAACUCCAAGACCAGCGGAGAAGCCCAUGCCAUUGUGUCAAAGUCUCCUUUGACCAAUGAGGGGUUUCAGUCGGCGUGGUCCAGCUUGACUGAGCGUUUCGAGAACAAACGGUUGCUCGUGAACAGUCAGCUGCGAGUCCUUUUCAAUUUGCCCGCCAUUGGGCAAGAGUCGGGUGCAGCCAUUCAGGAGUUGCAGAGCACCAUCCAAGGGUGCUUGACGGCCUUAGAGCACUCAAGGAUCAACACGGAGAAUUGGGAUUGCAUCCUGGUUUUCCUGUGUUCUUCGAGGCUCCCCAAAUUGACCCUUUCUCUUUGGGAACAGUCCAUACAAAAUAAGAGCGACAUUCCAACGUGGGUUGACAUGAACGCUUUCCUUCUAGAGCGGUAUCGCACCCUAGAAGCGAUAGCGGAAGUGUCAGCCAGCACGAGCGCUCCGACGGUUACACGGGCCUCACGCAAGGAGGCCUCCGUCGCCAAGCAGGUCAACUCCUUUGAGAGUCGGAUGGGUAUCAACGAUAGGGUCAAUUAUAUAAAGCAACAGAAGCUGUGUCUAAAUUGUUUCGCACGAGACCAUAUCCUGGCCGAGUGCACAAGUGCGCACAGCUGCUUUACUUGCAAGGGUCGUCAUCAUACACUCUUGCAUCGAGUGAGCCCAACGCCGACAGACACAAACCCCAUUCCAUCUCCAGUACAGUCUACUUCCACCCAGUCAGCUAACGUCCAGUCAUUCGUGGCAGUUAACACACAAGGUGUUCUGCUCAGCACAGCUGUCAUUCACGUAUACCAUCUCGGCGUCCGCUAUACAGCUCGGGCUCUGAUUGACUCCGGAUCAGAAUCCACCUUCCUCUCAGAGAACUUGUUCAAGCGCUUGAGGAUGCCGUAUACAUCCGUGCAAGCCCGCGUCUCUGGGCUGACUCAAGCUGUGGCAGCCCAGCCUCGAAAGUUUUGCCAAUUCUUAAUUGGCUCCCCGGUCAGACCCGAUUUGCAGAUCGAGGCGUCGGCGUACGUCCUCCCCCAGUUAGCGGGGAAUCUGCCCUCAUGUUCCGUCCCACAAACACUCCUCGAAAAUCUGCCCAGCAUCCAGCUGGCAGACCCCAAAUUCCAUGAGAGUUCGCAGAUUGAUGUGCUACUAGGCGCUGACAUCCUCCCGUCCAUUCUGCUCGGCGGCUCUCACCCUAACAUUUGUGGGAGCCUCCUCGGUCAAGAGACCAUUUUCGGUUGGAUCCUGACUGGCCCUGUGUCGGGAUCCAUUUCAAAGUCCAUUUCGUCCUUUUCGGCUCGACUGUCCGUCGAGCGAACUCCGCCAUUGGAGGAACUCCUCUCCAAAUUUUGGGAGGUGGAGGACCUGCCGGCUAGCCCAGCGAAAGAAUCUGUCCUUUUCUGUGAGGCUAACUUCAACGCCACGACCGUGCGAACCUCAACGGGUCACUCGAGGGCUACCGCUCUCGCUCAGUUCCUGAGAAACGAGAGCCGUUUAAAGAGGAACGACUCUCUGAAGGAACAAUAUGACUCCGUUAUUCGAGAUUCCGGCAACUACUAUUUGCCGCAUCACGCUGUUCUCAAGCCCGACAGCACCACCACGAAGCUUCGCGUUGUAUUCAACGCCUCCAGCCCGACUUCAAACGGGAAGAGUCUGAACGACAUCCUCCACACUGGGCCAAUCCUUCAAUCCGACCUGACCAUUCAAAUCCUGAAAUGGAGGUUUUUCCAGUUCGUCUUCAACGCUGACAUCACCAAGAUGUAUCGGCAAAUCCUUGUGGAUCCCAAACACACCCGGUUUCAAAGGUUGCUCUUCCGUACUCCAGACGAGAAGUUAUGCGACUUUGAGCUCAACACAGUCACCUUUGGAGUGAACUGUGCUCCGUACCUGGCUAUCCGCGUUCUGCAUCAACUUGCGAGUGAUGUUCGCGACCGGUACCCCCUCGCUAGUGACAUCAUCGCCAAUUAUAUGUACGUCGAUGACGUCCUAGCAGGAGCUCACACUAAGCAGGCUGCGGUGUCUGCUAUAGAUGAGCUUCGAACAGCGCUCGAGAGUGCUGGGUUCCCUUUGCGUAAGUGGACCUCGAACUCGAAAGAUGUGCUGAGAAGAAUCCCUAAGGAUCACUUGCUCUGUGAAGACUUCCUCGAGAUCGACGAAGCUAGUGUCGCAAAGACGCUAGGUAUUCGUUAG